UCUCCCUUUCUUUCCCCUAGUUGCUCAGCAGCCGGCUUAGAAGCACAGGCUAGAGAGAGAAUGGGCAACAUGGCGGCAUGCUUGGUCCAACAAAGAGCCGCAGCUCUGCCGGCUGUGAACCCCAAGCAGAGGCUCGUCUCCCUCAAGCUCCUCAUGAAGGCCAUCCACAAGAUGAAGAAGAGGCCGCUCGGCGGCAGCAGCGGCAAGGCCAAGAUAGAUAGCAAAUCGCCGUCGUCGUCGACAACAGCGGCCGCAGCCGUCGCAGGAGCAGAUGGAUCAAUAGGUGGAGGAGGAGUGGAGGAGAGAAGCAAGGCCGUCUCCAACAACCCCAAGGGCGCCGUGCUGAGGUCGAGGAUCCAUGGCCGGGGCGGCGGCGGCGGCCUCAAGAAGGGCGCCGUGCGGGUGAAGGUGGUGCUGACCAAGGAGGAGGCCGCGCGGCUGCUGUCGCUGACCGUCGGCGGCCAGAAGACCGCCGCGCAGAUCGUCGCCGAGAUCAAGAGGAUGGAGGCCCGCCGCGCCGCCAAUGCCGCCGCCUCCGCGUGGCGCCCGGCGCUGGCCAGCAUCCCGGAGGAGUCGUCGUAGGAAGAAGCCCGAUAUAAUGGUGCCUAGGCAGUCGUGUGCUCCAUGCAUGGAUGUGAACGGUCGGGGCGGAGGAGAGAAGUAGACUACUUGGGUUGAGAGGCGAGGCGACGACGGCGUACGCUCCCCCUCCCAUGCACGCACGCGCCCGGCCGGCGUCGAUCGAGUCCUCGCCGUGCCGGUGUACAGCAGCUAGCUAGAGCUUCGCUUUUCUUGAAGCUUAAUUCUCUUCUGUUGUUCUCCCUGUUAUUCGUCUCCAUCAGCUGCAGUGUUGCAGUCACCAGCAAGUGAAAGAAAUGGAAUGGAACUUCAGCUCUUUCUCAUGA